AUGGCGGAUGUCGGUGAGUUGGCAGUUGAGUUGGUUGGAGAAGCCCUCUCUUCUGGAGACCCCCUCUCUGCCGCGGUCAAACUGCUCGUUGGGGCAGGAGUAAAAAUCACCCAGUUCUACCUCGACCGCCGAGCCUGUCAGCAAUUCCUUGAGGAGAUCCAGACGCUUUUUGUCCGCCUGACCAAGCUGGGGUAUCUCACACCGCUGAUGCCUGCCUCGCAGGAAGAGGCUAAAACGGCCCGGGUCGGAUGGAUAAUGACUCCAGCCGGAGUGGAGAGGUUGUUCUUCACCGCAUACACAGACAUCAGUCGUGCGCGCGACCGAUUCGGACUUUCAGCCGGACGCCUCAAAUCAUUCGGAUUACAGGAACCGGUCAUCGUGAAUGUCAACUCCCCGUCCAAAGGCGCCGCUAUCCGCGAGCGCCUAGGAGCAACGUGGCCGGCGGAGUAUCGCGAAUGGAUGCUGCAACGCAUCAAUCCCUUUCAGUUUAUGCCGACUAUUGCGAAGACUGUUCUGGGCCGGUAUGCGCUCAGCAUGGUCCGCAAGUCGUUGCGCUCGCCAGCGCACCAUGAUCUCCUUCUCGCCCGAAUCCUCGGCCUGGCGCAGUUCUGCGGUCUGGGAGAAGUGAGUCUCGCCGACCUGAUUGAGCUGAUGGCCCAUGCUUGUUACUAUGAACGAGUGGCGAGACGCUAUAUUGCGGCCAUGCUCGGAGUGCAUUACACUGUCUUCACAGGGUACGCGUUGGCAGACAGCUUUAACGGACAGCUGUUGGGGAGUCUGGAGAAUCCGUUUGAGAAUUUUGCUGAGCUAGCGGCAAAUUUCUACGAUUCGCUGGUGCAGAUCGGCGUUGUGGAAUACGGCAAACCCCGACUCAACCGAGCAGAGGACAUGCCAAAUGUGAAAUUUAAGAUCGACCGCGGAGCAGGUCCGAAGCACGGUGAGCCCAUUUACAUGAUAUCCGGCUGGGCCGAAGCGCUUCUUCGCCGGCCGCGGAAUCAUCCACAUGUCCGCUCGGUGGCCAAGGACUUUACCAUCGGACUCGCAAAGGAUGUGGGCAAGAGCUUCGUCCCUUCGCCGCUGCUAAGAAAGAUGGGCAAUUUGGGGCGGAAUGUUUUGAAACAGGACGUGCAUGGGAACAACUGUUAUUAUGCUGCCGAGCUCGAGACGAUUGCCGUCAGUAUCAAAAGGACACCAGGAGGGCAGCUGGUGGGCAAAGUAUCGCAGUUUGGCGACUUUCGGCCCAUUCCCUUUGGUGGCCAGGGGGUUUUCGGUGUGCAGUGCGGGUGCCAUCAAGCCGAUCCUAAGAAGACCAUCCAGGGGUCCAGUCUUAAUGGUUGUUCACUAGCGAGUAUGCACAAGUAUCGAGCGGACGAGAAGCUGCACAUCGGGUAUGACGAGACGGUCUACCACUGGACGGCCGGAGACCUGCCCAUGAUCCUCUUCUGGGCAGACGGACAUGUUACAGGGACGUAUAUCCAAGUUGCUGGGGAGUGUGUAUAUUGCGCUACCAGUCGAGCAUUCGGGACUGGGUGUAAUCUCAUCAUAGCAGGAGGAUGGUGA